AUGAUUAUCAUGGGUACCCUAACAUCUGCAUCAUAUGUCGAUUUUUCUAAUGUUACAUUUAACAUUAAUGCAACAACAACAACAACAACAACAACAGCAUCAACAAUGCCUGUGUGGUUUCGAAUAGUAACUUUAACAUGCAUGAUAUUAAUCGAUAUAAGUGCAUUUCUUGGCAAUUUACUUGUAAUAUGUGCUUUUUUUCGUACACGUCGUUUACAAACAGUAACUAAUUAUUUUAUAGCAUCAUUAGCUUUUGCUGAUGCUUUAGUUGCAAUAUUUGUUCUUCCACUAAGUAUUUAUUGUUAUCAACGUGAUCGUUCAUGGAAACUUGGUUUAAUUUUAUGUGAUUUAUGGGUAUCAUCAGAUGUUCUUUUAUGUACAUCGAGUAUACUUAAUUUAACUUGUAUUUCCGUGGAUCGGUAUAUGGCUAUAACAAAACCAUUAACAUAUACAGCAUAUAGAUCGAAAUUUCUUGCUCGUGUUAUGAUUUUAUUAGUAUGGAUCGUUUCAGUCGUUAUAACAUGUCCACCGAUAUUCGGUUGGCGAGAUAAAAAUAGGCGACAAAAGGUCGAACAAGAAUAUAAAUGCGACUUAAAUACAGCACGAGGUUAUGUUGUUUAUUCAGCACUUGGUUCAUUUUAUAUUCCAGGUGUUGUGAUGAUAUUUGUUUAUAUACGUAUAUUUAUGGUUGUUUAUGAUCGUGAAAAUUUAAUAAAAAAAUUUCGCGAUGAUAAUAAUAAUAAUAAUAAUAAUAAUAAUAUUCGAUCAUCAAAUAUAUCAAUAAAAUCAAAUCCUAAUAGUUUUAUAACUAAUAGACAUAUGUCAAAUAAUAAUAAAAAACAAGAUAAAAAAUUUUCUUCAUGGUGUUGUUUUUGUUGUCGAAAACGAUCACAAGAAAAUUUAUCAUCAAGAACAUCAAUACCUCAUUUUACAUAUAAUCAUUGUCCAACUAUUGAACAAAAACAAAAUGGUUAUCUUGUAUAUCGUUUUACAAAUAAUAACAAUCAAAAUCAGAAUACAAAUUCACCCAUACAUCAACGACGAUCAAGUUCAAAAACAUCAAUUUAUUCACAUUCAUGUAAAAAUUCAACACAAAAAUUAAGUAAUACAUCCGAUGAUAUUUAUCAAUAUCGAUCGAAUUAUUUAACACAUAUUAAUCCGGAAUAUCAAUUUCGUAAAGAUGAUGAAUCAUGUUAUGAAUUAAAAACAUAUGAAACAUCUUUAUCACCAUUAACUAAACGUCGUUCACGUUCAUUUGAACAUUCAACAACAAGUAAAAUACGUGAUUUAAAUACAGAAUUAAGUCAUAGUCGACAAUUAAAAGCAGCAGCUGUGGCUGCCGCUGCUGCUAUUUCAACACCAACAACAAACACUAAAGAUACAAGGAAACAAAACAAUGAAAUUGAACAAUUAAUAUUACCAAUUCAAGAAAAUAAUGCUCAUCAUUUAUUUUCAUCAAUAAAUGAAAAUUUAAAUCAAACAAGUCAAUCAUUAAAUGAACUAACACAAUUAUCAAUAAAAAAAAAUACACAUAGAUAUAAAAAAAAUAGUAUGCAACAAAUAACUUCAAUACCAAUGAGAACACGAUCAACAACAAAUCCUUCAAUAAUGCAAAUAAAUCUUUCAAAUCAUUCAACAUCUUCAUAUUUUAUUAGACAAAAACAAUCUUUACCUGAACCAACACGUAUAAAUCGUCGAAUAAAAUCUUCACGUUUAAUAACAACUUCACCAUCAGCAUCAUCAAUUGAAAAUAGUAAACAACAACAACAACAACAAUAUAGAUUAACAAAUAAUUCACCAAUACAACCACCAAAAUCUUUUUCUUCAUUAAUACGUUAUUAUAUUAGUCGAAAUAAUAAUAAUAAUAAUAAUAAUAAUAAUAAUAAUAACAAUAAUAAUUUAAAUGAAAAUAAUCUUAAUCAAAAUAAUUCAUUAUGUUGUUGUUGUUGUUUUUCUUCAUCAUCAAUUAAUUAUAAUUCAUAUCAAAAUAGACCAAAACAAACAUUUACAGCAACACCAAGUUAUUCGUUAACAAAUGAUGAAGAUGAUGAUGAGGAUAAAAUUUCAUCAAAUGAUAUGACAAAUCGUACACCAAUAUAUCUAUCAGGUCAAUCAUCAAAUUUAAUACGUACAAGUGUACGUAAUAAUAAUACACCAGGUGAUGUUCAUCGUCGUGAACGUAUUCGUUUUAUGAAAGAACAAAAAACAGCAAAAACAUUAGCUGUUGUUGUCGGUGGUUUUAUUAUUCUUUGGUUACCUUUCUUUAUCAUGUAUGUUAUACCAGCAGAAAAACAUUCAUUAAAUGAUCAUACAGUAACAUUAAUAACAUGGCUUGGUUAUUUUAAUUCAGUUAUUAAUCCAUUUAUAUAUGCUUAUUGUUCAAAACAAUUUCGUAUGGCUUUUUGGAAUAUAACAUUUGGUGUAUGUAUUAAAAAAUCAUCUGCAUUAUUACCAAUAACAAAUAAAAAUAAACAAUUACAUCAACGUCGUAUUAAUCCAUGA